AUGCAGAAGCUCCUUCCGUCCCACAAGCCAGCCCAUUCAAGUCACAUGCCAGAGGUCUCAGCAGAAUGGGCUGCAGCUGCUUCAAAUCUGCUGUCUAACAUCAGAAGCAGUUGGACAAACUGUACCGUACUGACUACAGUCAGGCUCCCGGGCGCCAAGGAAGACAGAGAAAAGAUUUGGGAUCCCAGCGCUAUGUUUUCGGAGGAUCUGUGGCUGGAAAAUGAGAAAAACUGUGCCGUUGUUCACAAGUCAAAGCGAGGAAGGAAGCGCCAAGAGCUCCUGGCCGUGGCCCUGGGGGUGAAGGUGGGAGUCAAGGGGGCACUUCUGUGGCAACCUCUAAAACUCUUUGCCUAUUCACAGAUCACCUCCUUGGUCAGAAGAGCAGCCUUAACUCAGAACGACAACCACUUCAACUAUGAAAAAGCACACAAUUUUAAGGUCCACACAUUUCGAGGUCCACACUGGUGUGAAUACUGUGCCAACUUCAUGUGGGGUCUCAUCGCUCAGGGAGUGAGAUGUUCAGACUGCGGGUUGAAUGUACAUAAGCAGUGCUCCAAAUACGUGCCCAACGACUGCCAACCAGACCUCAAGAGGAUAAAGCGAGUCUACUGCUGCGAUCUCACCACACUAGUGAAAGCCCACAAUACCCAGAGGCCAAUGGUUGUGGAUUCAUGCAUUCGAGAGAUCGAAGCAAGAGGUUUAAAGUCCGAGGGCCUCUAUAGAGUCUCAGGCUUCACUGAGCACAUUGAAGAUGUGAAAAUGGCCUUUGAUCGAGAUGGUGACAAGGCUGAUAUUUCUGCCAGUAUUUAUCCAGACAUAAACAUCAUUGCUGGAGCCCUGAAGCUAUACUUCAGAGACUUACCAAUUCCCGUGAUCACCUACGACACCUAUUCCAAGUUCAUAGAGGCAGCAAAAAUCUCCAAUCCUGAUGAACGACUAGAAGCAAUACAUGAAGUGUUGAUGUUACUCCCUGCUGCUCACUAUGAGACGCUUAGAUACCUAAUGAUUCAUCUGAAAAAGGUUACCUUGCAUGAAAAGGAGAAUUUUAUGAAUGCUGAAAAUCUGGGCAUAGUGUUUGGGCCUACUUUAAUGAGACCUCCAGAGGACAGUACCCUUGCUACACUGAAUGACAUGCGGUACCAGAAGUUAAUUGUGCAGAUUCUAAUAGAAAAUGAAGAUGUUCUCUUUUAGACAAAGAGAGGCAUAUCUUCAAAGCCGUUUGUUUUAAAAUAAUUAGUUUGAAGAAAAACCAACAUUUCUUUACAUUUUUUUAAACAUAAAGGAGAAGUUCCUUGACUGCACUUCAAUUUCUGCAAAGUUGCAGAUGGAUGCCAAAAUGUUUAGGGAAAGCUUAUGUCUCAUAGACAUAUGCCUCUUUGUAGAAGGGAAAAAAAAAGGUCAGAAAAAAUCCUCUUACCUUGUAUCUUUUGCCUUGCCUCAGAUGUAUAUUUGUUUUGCAAAGUUGCAAACAAUUUUAUUGUUAACUUAUUAAGAAACACAAAACGUAUUUUAAUAUGGCUAGAGAAGGAAAAAGGUACUUAAUCAGUGUUACUUGUAUACGCCUAUACAUUUCCCUCUCCAUGAGACAUAAUUAUAUAUGUCAGUUGUGAAACAGAACCUAUAUUAUAAAGCUAUUUUUACUUUACCUGAAAGAAUGGCAUUUUAUUUUAACAAACUAUAAAUCAAUGCAGUGCAUUGAUUAUUUUCCACGUAAUUCUUUCCUGCAUUUUUGCUAUGAUAUAUUGAAAACAAUUAUCACUAAUGCAGUAUUAUCCUGACAUACCUCUUUCAUUGUAAGUGUUUUAAAGGAGAAUUCUUUUCUUCGGUGUAUUCCAGCUUUCCUUAGGUUUCUUCGCUUUUGGGCAGUAGCAUCCUAAGAUUGUACACUUUUAGCCAUUUGCUAUUUCCCAAA